AUGCCGGAGAUGUCCGCCGACGCGCGAGCGCGCGAGCGCGCGCGCGGGGAGGAUGAGAGCGACAGCGCGAGAGAGAAUCGCGCGCCGGAGACGACGUCGACCAAGCGAGACGACGGACGCGCGAAGGAGGUCGCCGACGUCGCGCCGGACGUGGUCGAGGCGCGCGCGCGCGCGGACGCGUUGCGCGCGACGACGGAGAGGGGGGCGGAGGCCGCGCUGGGGUCCACGGUGACGGAUGGAGGCGCGAUCGAGGACGGCGGCGCGUCCGGAGGACGGAACGCGGUCGCCUUCUUCGAUCUCGAUCACACCAUCGUCGACGUCAACUCGUCGUGGUUGUGGGUGAAGAGUGAGAUAAAUAGCGGACGCGUGGGCGUUGGGCACGUCGGGACGGCGCUGUAUUGGUUCUCGAGGUACGCGCUCGGGUACGGAGACGGCGCGGAGACGGCGGGACGGGACGCGGCUCUGCUAUACAAGGGCGAGACGGAGGACUCGUUUCGCGAGCGCAUCGAGAAUUUCUUUCGCAUGGAUCUGGCGAAUAGGACACGACCGGGGUUUAAGACGGUCUUGGACGAGCACAAGGCGCGAGGCGUGCGCUGCGUCAUGUGCACGUCAACCUGGCAGCACCCAGCAGAGAUUGGAGCGGAGAUUUAUGGCUUGGAAACGGGUAGGGAGAACAUCGUGUCGAGUCACAUGGGCGUCGACGCGGACGGUCGAAUGGAUGGAACGAUCCAAGUCGUAGCGUACGGCGAUGGCAAGUACGAGACGACAAAAAAGUGGUGCGACAAAAACGGGAUCAAUCUUCGCGACUGCUAUUUUUAUACCGAUAGCAUGUCCGACGUCAAACUGUUAGAGAACGUUGGGCAUCCGGUGUGCGUCAACCCAGACUCGCGGCUGAAGAAGUACGCGAAGGAAAAGGGUUGGCCCACGGUGGACUGGGGUAAAUCGGAGGAGAAGAAGAAAAAGCCGCGAUACACGUACGGUUGCUUGACGUGCAGCGCAUAA